ACUGCGGAGCAUACCGGGCCCACCCCGCUCUUCCGGGGUUUCCCGAGCCGACCGGAACUGGGGCGGAGCCUCCCGAGCGCGCCCAGCGCGAUUGGUCGGCACCGCAGUCGCUCAGUGCUCCGAGUGGAAGGGGCUGACCGCCGGCCUCCGCAGGGUCGCGGGAGCCGCGCGGCGGAUGGGAGGGGCCGGAGCGAAAGUUGCGGGCGCGGGAUCCGGGAUCCGGGGCAAUGGAGCCGGGCCCCGCCUUGUCACCCGGGCCUUCCCGCUCCUUCAAGGAGGAGCUGCUCUGCGCCGUCUGCUACGACCCCUUCCGUGACGCCGUGACUCUGCGCUGCGGCCACAACUUCUGCCGCGGGUGCGUGACCCGCUGCUGGGAGGUGCAGGUGGCACCAACCUGCCCGGUGUGCAAGGACCGCGCGGCCCCCGCCGACCUGCGCACCAACCACACCCUCAAUAACCUCGUGGAGAAGCUGCUGCGCGAGGAGGCCGAGGGCGCGCGCUGGACCGGCCACCGCUCUCCGCGCCUCUGCCGCCUGCACCGCGGCCAGUUCAACCUCUUCUGUCUCGACGACAAAGAGCUGCUGUGCUGCUCGUGCCAGGCCGACCCCCGGCACCAGGGGCACCGCGUGCAGCCGGUGAAGGACACUGCCCACGACUUUCGGGCCAAGUGCAGGAACAUGGAACACGCGCUGCGGGAGAAAGCCAAGGCCUUCUGGGCCAUGCGGCGCUCCUACGAGGCCAUCGCCAAGCACAAUCAGGUGGAGGCUGCCUGGCUGGAAGGGCGAAUCCGGCAGGAGUUUGACAAGCUUCGAGAGUUCUUGAGAGUGGAGGAGCAGGCCAUCCUGGAUGCCAUGGCUGAGGAGGCCAGGCAGAAGCAGCUUCUGGCCGAGGAGAAGAUGAAGCGGCUGGCGGAAGACACGGAGGCCCUGGCCCAUGAGAUUGAGCGGCUGCAGAUGGAGAUGAAGGAGGAUGACGUCUCCUUUCUCAUGAAGCACAAGAGCCGAAAACGCCGCCUCUUCUGCACGAUGGAGCCGGAACCUGUCCAGCCUGGUAUGCUCAUCGACGUUUGCAAGUACCUGGACUCCCUGCAGUACCGAGUCUGGAGGAAGAUGCUCGUGUGUGUCGAAUCUGUGCCUUUCAGCUUUGAUCCCAACACUGCGGCUGGCUGGCUCUCCGUGUCAGACGACCUCACCAGUGUCACCAACCACGGCUACCGGGUCCAGGUAGAGAAUCCGGAGCGCUUCUCGUCGGCGCCCUGCCUGCUGGGCUCCUGCAUCUUGUCGCAGGGCUCGCAUGCCUGGGAGGUGGACCUGGGUGCACUGCCAAGCUGGCGCGUGGGCGUGGUGCGGACACGUCAGGACGCGGGCGCCGAGGGCCACUCGCACAGCUGCUACCACGACACGCGCUCGGGCUUCUGGUACGUGUGCCGCACGCAGGGCGUGGACGGCGACCACUGCGUGACCUCGGACCCCGCCACAUCGCCCCUGGUCCCGGCCAUCCCGCGCCGCCUGCGCGUGGAGUUGGAGUGCGAGGAGGGUGAGCUGUCCUUCUACGACGCGGAGCGCCACUGCCACCUGUACACCUUCCACGCCCGCUUCGGGGAGGUGCGGCCCUACUUCUACCUGGGCGGCUCGCGGGGGGACGGGCCCCCCGAGCCGCUGCGCAUCUGCCCCCUGCGCAUCACCGUCAAGGAGGAGCUGGAUGGCUGAAGCCCGCCCUGCCGGAUGCCGCCGGGUCUCGCGCCCCGGUCCCGUUUUCUUUCUGUCUCUUCCCAAAGGCACACUCGCCUUGGUACCUCUCUGCCUCCCGCCUUCUUGCCAGGAUCUUCCUACUGGCCAUCCUUGUCCUUUAAUGUGGCUUCAGGCCAUGUGCCUCCUCCCUCAGUUUUGGUCCCUUCUCUACCCACCUUUGAAAGUCAUCCAGGAGACAUCUCCCUGAUUAGGCUUUUUCCAAAGUUGUGGCAUCCUCUGGAUGUGAAUUUUCUGAUUCACAUUCUAAGAUUGCAGGGGAUAAUGUUUGCUUCUAGAAUGGGUCUGUUUAAAAAUGUAAGUUUCAUCAUUUUCCAAGAGUGGUGAGGCCAGCAGACUGGAAGAGGACGGCUGUUGACAAGAGUUUGUUACUCACUGUCCCCAGGAGGAGGGGC